AUGGAUGACGACUAUGUAUUUGUGUCGAGGCCCGAUGAGGCGCCAUCACAGCCUGAGCCCACAACGAGACACCUCGCCGAAAUCGACCGCUUUAUUGCCCAGCUGGAGCCUGCUCUGUGGCCCCUCAACUGCUUCAUACAUGACAACCCCGAGCUCGGCUACAAAGAGUUCAAGACACAUGAUGCAUUGACCAAGUUUAUGAAAUGCCAAUCGGGCUGGACCGUGACCCCUUCAGCUUAUGGAAUGGCAACCGCGUGGGAAGCCGUGUUCGACACCGGCCGGCCGGGACCUGUUGUAUCUUUCAACGCAGAAAUGGAUGCCCUGCCCAAUCUUGGCCAUGCCUGCGGACACAACCUGAUUGCAAUGGUAUCAGUGGCCGCCGGCCUUGCCACCGCAGAAAUACUCGACAAACAAGGCCUCGCAGGCAAGGUCGUCAUCGUCGGCACACCUGCCGAAGAGGGCGGCGGGGGCAAGAUCAAGUGCCUGCAGGCGGGGGCAUACAAGAACACCGACGUAUCCAUGAUCUCCCACCCCGGCAUCCUCAACAACAGCCCCAUGGUCCGGACCACCGCCUUCACCGGGCUCCACGUCGAGUACCGCGGCACGGCCGCGCACUCGGCCAAGAACCCGUGGCAGGGCGUCAACGCCCUUGACGCCGUCGUCGUCGCCUACACCGCCGUCUCCGCCAUGCGCCAGCAGACGCGCGCCGACGACUUCGUCGGCCUGCAGAUCACGCACGGCGGCGACCGCCCCAACAUCAUCCACGAGCGCGCCGCCGCUGCCGCCGUCUUGCGCGCCGCCACCGCGCCGCACUUGCGCGAGCUGCAGGCCAAGGUCGAAGGGUGCAUGCGCGCCGGCGCCGAGGCCACCGGCGCGCGCGCCCACAUCCGCGUCCGCCCGGGCUACCUCGACCACAUGCCAAACCGCGUGCUUGCCGCGUCGUAUGCCAAGUACUGGGCGGCGAUGCCCAGCGCGCCGGACCCGCCGCUGCCACCACCAGGGCAGUACACAUGGGUGCGGUCCAGCACGGACCAGGGGAACCUGAGCUACGCGCUGCCGAGCAUGAACGUGAGCUUUGCGAUCCCGCCAGGCCCGGAGGCCGGGCAGCCUCACUCGCCGGAUUUUGAGAAGGCGUCGAGGACGCGAGGCGCGUUUGAUCGGGCGAUGAGGGUGGCUAAAGCCAUGGCUGGCACGGCGGUGGACAUGUACACGGUGCCGGGGCUGCUGCAGGAAGUGAAGGAGCAAUGGAAGCGUGAUAUGAAUCAGGAUUAA